AUGAAUAAGACGCCCCCUAACAGAAGAGGGAUAACAUUUGAGGUGGGAGCUCAGCUUGAGGCCAGAGAUAGCCUCAAAAACUGGUAUGCUGCCAAUAUAGAGAAGAUUGAUUACGAUGAUGAGAAAGUACUAAUUCAUUAUCGUCAGUGGAGCCAUCGUUAUGACGAGUGGUUUGAGUGGACAAGUCCCUACCUGAGACCUCUAGAAAGGGUCCAGCUGAGGCGUCAAGGCUUGCAGGACGACGCACCUGUGCCUGGUUUCCAAGUGAACGACAAGGUCCUGGCAAGCUGGUCUGACUGCCGUUUCUACCCUGCUAAAGUAAUCUCGGUCAAUAAAGAUGUUUCUUACACUGUGAAGUUCUUUGAUGGCGUCAUUCAGACGGUGAAAGGAAUACACGUGAAACCUUUUAUUAAAGAGAGAGGUGCUGGAAAGUCACGGAGUACAGAGAGAAACAUGGUUAGACGAGUCCCAAACCGCAAAGACCGCAGACCUCCAGUAAACGGUGAGCCCAGGAACAAGCGGGCUAGACGCAGCACCUCUGACCAGGAGAAUGACAGUAACAGUGAAGAUGAGGAGGGAGAAACGAGGAUGGUCAAUGGGAAAAACAAGAGAGCAAAUGGUAAACUUGAGACCUCGCCCACUCUGAUAAAGGUAGAAGAAAAAUCAGGGCAGGCAGACCAGAAGAAGCCCAGUGAUGCAGAAGAUGGCUGCCAACUUACAAAUGGCACAAACGACUCUCACAAGCAACAUGAUGAAAAAUGUCAUGUAAAUGGAGAUGUGAAAAAGGAAGAAGAGGAAGUGGAAAUGGAUGUGAAUGCAACACAGCCAUACACUAACUCAACUAAGCCAUACACAGAGGUGCCCAAUCAGCCAGAAAAGACAACCACAGUAUCCAGUGAAGAUUUGGAGCAAAAACCAAACCUUGAAUCGGAGAGCUUGCAGCCUACCAUGCCGCCUUUGCCUCAUCCUGUGAAGCCUGUGAGGAAGCAAGGUUUCCACAACCCCAACAGAUUCAGCAGAGAACCAUUGUACAGGGUCAUCAAAAACCAACCACCUCCUGUACUUUCCAUCAACCUGGACCAUAACCCAUUCAAAUGUAAUGUCGCGGGCUGCACCAAGUCAUUCCGUAAGGCCAAACUGCUUCAUUAUCACAUGAAAUAUUACCAUGGUGAGGAGCAGCCAUUAGAGGCUGAGUGCAGUCCCACGAGAAGCAGCCACACCAGGUCAUCAGAGAAACAAGUUACUGGCGCCAGUUCGGAUGGUCCAAAGAGGAGGCGAACCAUAUCUGCUUCCAUGCAUACAGUAGCUGCUCCGGCCACUCGGGGUGAAGUAAAGGCUCCAGGCAGGCGCACAUCUGCUCCCUCUGCAAUCAGCACGCAUGGCCAUCAACAGAGGUUGCUACUAAGGGAGAAAAGCAAAGAGAACCAGCUUGAUAGGAAUGGAUGCCAACCGCAAGAUAAAGAGUCAGACAAGUGUGGCUUUGACAUUGGGCCUGUAAAAGAAAGAACAAAAGAAAAACUCAAACAGAAAGACUUCCUUCGCAUUAAGCUUAAGAAGAGGAAGAAAAAGAAAAAGGCCCAGUCUGACUGCACUGGUAGUGAGGAGAAUAUUGACUUCUCAGUACUGUGCCCUCCACCCAAAUUGAAAAUGCCAUUCAAAUAUCCCCCCUCGCACAAUUACAAGCGUGAGGCCUACCGCGGCAGGCCUGGAUACAGCGACUCAUUGGAGAUAAAUGUGGAUGACGACGAAAGCUUCAGUGAUUGGUCCACUGACAGCUGUGGGUGGAGUGACGAAGACUACGGGUUGGAUGUAGAUGUUACCACCCCACCCCAGAGCCUGGACUGUGGUGCCGAUGGUGACGACCAAGAAAUCGUACGAUGCAUCUGCGAGGUGGAAGAAGAGAAUGAUUUCAUGAUCCAGUGUGAAGAAUGCUUAUGCUGGCAGCAUGGUACCUGCAUGGGCUUGCUGGAGGACAAUGUUCCAGAUAAAUAUGCUUGUUAUAUUUGCCGAGACCCUCCAGGCCAGAGGCAGAGUCUGCGCUACUGGUAUGACCGCGAAUGGUUGAGCAAUGGCCACAUGUACGGCCUGUCGUUCUUGGAAGAAAACUACUCCCACCAAAAUGCCAAGAAAAUAACUACCACACACCAACUGCUGGGAGAUGUGCACCAUGUGGUCGAGAUCCUCAAUGGACUGCAGCUGAAGUUAAAUAUUUUACAGAAGAACACUCAUCCCGACCUAAAGUUGUGGCGCCAACCUUGGAAGAGAGUUGCAAGGCCACCAACAUGCUCAGACUCUUAUCAAGGCAGUGAUGCUGCUCCCUCUCCUGUCACUCCAGAUGAAGACAUGAGUCGGGGAGAGAUUUUAAUGUCCAAUGCCCUGGAAAAGCUUAGCCGAGCCGCUGCCACCACUUCAUCCUGCUCCUCGUCCCCGUUCCCUUCAUUUCAGGACUCUUACAUCACCAGCGAACACUGCUACCAAAAACCACGGGCCUACUAUCCAGCGGUGGAACAGAGACUGGUCGUUGAGACCCGACAGGGCUCAGAGCUGGAGGACAGCAUGAGAAGCACUGAAGAGCUACUGGAGCGUGAGCAGCGCUUCGGCAGCUUGCUAGAGACGGACAAACCUAGAUCGAUCAGCAUGAGCAACAAGGCUACGUCUGGAGGUUCAUGGUCAGAUGUUGAAAUGAAGAAAGAGGUUUGGAGUCAUUCAGAAGAAAGUGCUGAUAACUGCAAGCAACAACAACAGUGGCAGAUCAACCUGCUGGAUCACAUCGAUGCAGUUCAAGACGAAGUCACACACAGGAUGGACUUUCUUGAGCGAGAGUUGGAUGUGCUGGAGAGCUGGUUGGACUACACAGGGGAACUAGAGCCUCCCGACCCUCUGGCGCGUCUGCCUCAGCUCAAACACCGCAUGAAGCGACUGAUGUCACAGCUGGGAAAGCUGCAUCAGCUCACUAUGUUGAGCUCCACAUGA